AUGAAUCAGGCCCCACGCAAUCACCGGUGGGGAAGGAUGGCCCCUUGCCACUGCACGCCACGACUGUUGUCAUCCUCUGGCCAGGGACUACUGUUGUACUCACUCUACCGUGUUGUAGGAAGAGGUACUACAGUAGGUACAAGUACGGGUGCACACAGUUGGUACUGCCCCAUCUCAUUGGCCCUACCAGCCACAAUCCCCGCCGUCUUCCCUGGCUAA